ACUUGAGAGCACACCACCAAUAAAUAUCAAUACAAUAGGAAUGUGUGAUACGAUUUUUGGGUUAACACGAAAACAAAGACAUAUUUGUCGUAAAAAUAUUGAAGUCAUGGACAGCGUGAAGAUCGGAGCCUUAAGAGCCGUCACUGAAUGUCAGCACCAGUUUCGGGAAAGGCGUUGGAACUGUAGUUCAUUAGAAACUAACAGAUUGUUUACCAAAAUACCUAAAGAAGUGGUUGGUACCCGUGAGGCCGCAUUUGUAUAUGCCAUACAGAGUGCUGGUAUUGCACACGCCGUCACCAAAUAUUGCUCUAACGGACAACUGACCAAAUGUGGCUGCGAUCGUACCAUUGCUAUGAGUCCGGCACAUGGAUUUCAAUGGGCUGGAUGUAGUGAUAACAUAGCUUUUGGUAUUGCUUUUGCCAAAACGUUUGUGGACUCCCGUGACCUAAGAGCUGCCCGAAGUAAUAAGCCUAACAGUGUUCAGGCUUUCGUGAAUCUGCAUAAUACUGAAGCUGGACGUAAGGUGAUCCAUAAUCACAUGAAAAUUGAAUGCAAAUGUCAUGGAGUGAGUGGCUCUUGUGAACUGAAGACUUGUUGGAGAUCUAUGCCAUCAUUUCGACAAAUUGGAGAUCUGCUUAAAGAUAAAUUUGAAUCAGCAGCUGAAGUGCGACUAAAAAUACCUAAUACUAGUCCAUCGGUUACAACUAAACGAGAGUCUACUAAAUUAGAGACGGCAUCCAUGACUUAUGGAUCAUUUGCCUCAAUAAAUUCAAGAGGUAGUCCAGGUUUGGUACCGAUAAACCUGUCCUUUAAGCCGCCGACUGACGUCGACUUAGUUUAUUUGAAUUCAUCUCCAGAUUUUUGUGAACCAAACAAUAAAACUGGUUCUCUGGGAACUUAUGGUCGACAAUGCAAUCGCGCAUCAAAAGGCACCGACGGCUGUGAUCUCAUGUGUUGUGGUCGAGGCUAUCAUUCACAGAAGGAAAGGAUCAAAGAGAGAUGUAAUUGUAAGUUUCAUUGGUGUUGUUAUGUUGAAUGCGAUCAGUGUAUUAGGGAAGUACUGGUCCACACUUGUAAAUAAUAUGACAUUUAAAUUUAUGUCAUAUAUGUCAUCAGCUCUCGACAGUCAUAAU